AUGAAGUCCACCGUGGAAUUGAAUAAUGAGGCGCUGGAUUACAAGUUUUUUCCUGGCACAUGUCUGAAGGUUUAUCUCAAAGCUUGCGUAGGUAUUCUGGAGAAGGCACAACUGGCGUUUCAGAAUGGAGACCUGCAGAAAUCUUAUGUUUUCUAUGUCAGAUACGUCGACCUGUGCACGAAUAAACUGUCCCGCCAUCCAGAGUAUCUCGGCACCGGCAGUGCUCGUACAGCUGAAACUGAGCUCCAUAAACAGGAAUACCUGCAACUGAUCAAGCUGGAAGUUCCUGCUGUGCUGAAAAUUAGCGAAGAUUUGCGCAAAGAAAUUGAUCUGGAGUACAGUAAGCACCAAUUGUCGCUCGCUAAGAAUAUCGCAAAGUCCCGACCACAACACAAAAAGGAGACCGAGAACCAGGCACCUGAGCCCAAAAAGGUGCCGCCUACCUUUGACGAGCACUUAUUCAAUCGCUCUGUGGCGUAUUACCGUAAGGCCACAGAGAAGGUCAAAUCGUCUCAUGCUUCAGCUGAAUCAAGUAGCGACUCAAAGCAGCUUGGCUUUUAUCCAGAUCUUCCGCAGCUUUCCUUCAUAACUUGA